AUGCGGCAUCUGACCUCUUUGUUUGAAGCCAUCCUGUCAUUCGGGUCCGCAAGCCCGCUCCAGCCAGUAUCAACCGCCGCCGAUCUCCGCCUCAACCACAUCCAAGUCAUCGGUACUCACAACAGCUAUCAUCGGGAAGUCUCGAUAACCGCGCGGCCCAUCUUCGAGCUUCUGGUUCCGUCUCCGCAGAGUCUCUACUACAGCCAUGCCUCGCUCUCGGACCAGUUGGACUACCAGUCUGUCCGGAGUCUCGAGCUUGAUGUCUAUGCCGACUACCUUUCUCCCGGCCAGUUCGCGAGUCCUCUCAUAGAUCGCCUUGCGCAGCUGCCCGAGCCACAACAGGCAUGGCAGGACUACAUGCGUGAACCAGGAGCCAAGGUCUUGCACGUAAGCGACAUUGACGUUCGCAGCGUCUGCCCAACUCUGAAGCUGUGCCUCAAGGAAUUGCGGGACUGGUCUGACAAGCGCCCUGCCCACGUGCCUGUCGUCAUCGACCUCGAGUACAAAACCGUAGACGAGCGCCUUCGGGCCGUCGGCGGAGCCCCAGGUGAACCAUGGAACGCCACCAGUCUGGGCCUCAUGGACGAUGAAAUUCGCGCAGCCCUGGGUAAGGACAAGAUCAUCACGCCUGAUGAUGUGCGUUUGCGAGGUCGCUCCAAGACCGAUACGCAUCUCACCUUGGAGGGCGCAGUGCUGCAACAUGGCUGGCCGACUCUCGAAGAGAGCAGGGGCAAGUUUCUCUUCGUCAUGGAUAACAACCCCGACGGUACCCCUUCCAUCCGCGACGCAUACCGCGCCGACGGUCACGCGAACCUUGAGAAUCGCGUCGUCUUCACAAACUCCCUACCUGGCGAGGCGGAUGCCGCUUUCAUCAAGCGGAACGACCCUUCGGGCGAUAAUCUCGCAGAGAGUCAGGAGCUGGUUCGGAAGGGUUACCUUAUUCGCACGCGUGCAGAUGAGCCCAUCAACUCCGUUCUCAUGGGAGAUGACGUCGCAAAUGCCCGGCUGAAAAGAGCUCUCGAGACGGGAGCCCAGGUUGUGAGCACCGAUUGGCCAGGUGUUGGAAUGGCUACCAGGUAUGGUAGCAAUUAUGUUGCGAGACUGCCCGCGGGCGGUGUCGUCAGGUGUAACCCGGUCAACGCCCCUGGCGACUGCAACGACAUCGAUAUAGAGACUCACACGAGUACAAGUGCCUGGGACCGGUUGACGAGGCAAGACCUGUGA